CUGUAUGAAGCAUUAGCUGGGUCACUGCACGCUCCUGUCCCAGAGGAUCCACUGGCCUCAGACAUGGCUCGUCCGGCCCUUCCUGUCCUCCUUGUCCUUUGCCUCUCUUUGCUCCACUUCAGCUGCGGCCGCCCGUCUCGCACCAGGAAGGCCGUGUCAGCUGCAGAGGAAGAGGAUGUCAAGUCCCAGAUUGAGAAGUUAUGGCAGGAGGUGAAUUCACUGAAAGAGAUGCAGGCGCUGCAGACAGUUUGUCUCCGAGGCAUCAAAUCUCACAGGAAAUGUUAUCUUACCAUUGAGGAACCCAAACAUUACCAUGAAGCAAACGAGGACUGUAUCGCUCAAGGAGGAACCCUCGCGACCCCUCGGGACAUGAUGGAGAACAAUGAACUGAGGGACUACGCAAAGAGGAGCGCUCCGGGAUCCAAGGACCUGUGGAUCGGCGUGGCAGACAUCGUGAAAGAGGGCCAGUAUGUUGACGUCAACAGUUUCCCCGUCAGCUUUGUGAACUGGGAUCGCUCCAAGAAGCAGCCCACGGGAACCAAGAGGGAGAGCUGUGUUGUCCUGUCAGUGUCGGCACAGGGGAAGUGGUACGACGAGGUGUGUCGCAGUCUGAAAACCUACAUCUGUGAAUAUGUCAUUCCUUAAGUUUGAUCGUCGUGGAUUAAAACUGUGUUGUCACA